GUGUGACACUGGGUGUGAGGCCUCGCUGUGAGGGACCCGGGAGGCCAGCCCCCUCCAGGACGGAGGUCGUCGGAGGCCAAGCUGAAGCAUGGGGCCCGUGGGGGGCCCCGGCGUGGCAGUCGUGGCGGGGCCCCUGGGCCUCCUGCUGCUCCUGCUGGCUGGAGACUGUGCUGGAGAAGAGCCCCCGAGGUUCGUUAAGGAACCCAAGGACCAGAUCGGGGUGUCCGGGGGAGUGGCUUCCUUCGUGUGUCAGGCCACGGGCGACCCCAAGCCACGGGUGACCUGGAAUAAGAAAGGGAAGAAGGUUAACUCGCAGCGCUUUGAGACGAUCGAGUUUGAUGAGAGCGCUGGAGCCGUGCUGCGGAUCCAGCCCCUGCGGACGCCCCGGGACGAGAACGUGUACGAGUGUGUGGCCCAGAACUCGGCCGGGGAGAUCACUGUCCACGCCAAACUGACCGUCCUGCGAGAGGACCAGCUGCCCCCCGGCUUCCCCAACAUCGACAUGGGCCCCCAGCUGAAGGUGGUAGAGCGUACACGGACAGCCACCAUGCUGUGCGCCGCCAGCGGCAACCCCGACCCUGAGAUCACGUGGUUCAAGGACUUCCUGCCUGUUGAUCCCAGCACCAGCAACGGGCGAAUCAAGCAACUAAGAUCAGGGGCCCUGCAGAUCGAGAGCAGCGAGGAGACGGACCAGGGCAAGUACGAAUGCGUGGCCACCAACAGCGCCGGUGUGCGGUAUUCGUCCCCGGCCAACCUCUACGUGCGAGUCCGCCGCGUGGCACCCCGUUUCUCCAUCCUGCCCAUGAGCCACGAGAUCAUGCCAGGCGGGAGUGUCAACAUUACCUGUGUGGCUGUGGGCUCGCCCAUGCCCUACGUCAAGUGGAUGCAGGGGGCCGAGGACCUGACGCCCGAGGACGACAUGCCCGUGGGCCGGAAUGUGCUGGAACUCACCGACGUGAAGGACUCGGCCAACUACACGUGCGUGGCCAUGUCCAGCCUGGGCGUCAUUGAGGCCGUAGCACAGAUCACCGUGAAGUCACUCCCCAGAGCCCCAGGGACGCCUGUGGUGACAGAAAACACAGCUACCAGCAUCACCAUCACUUGGGACUCGGGCAACCCCGACCCCGUGUCGUACUAUGUCAUCGAGUACAAAUCCAAGAGCCAGGACGGCCCCUACCAGAUCAAAGAAGACAUCACCACGACACGCUACAGCAUCGGGGGCCUGAGCCCCAACUCUGAGUACGAGAUCUGGGUGUCAGCCGUCAACUCCAUCGGCCAGGGCCCGCCCAGCGAGUCGGUGGUGACGCGCACGGGCGAGCAGGCCCCCGCCAGCGCGCCCCGCAACGUGCAAGCCCGCAUGUUGAGCUCCACUACGAUGAUCGUGCAGUGGGAGGAACCCGUGGAACCCAACGGGCUCAUCCGCGGCUACCGCGUCUACUACACCAUGGAGCCCGAGCACCCGGUGGGCAACUGGCAGAAACACCAUGUGGACGACAGCCUGCUGACCACCGUGGGCAGCCUGCUGGAGGACGAGACGUACACCGUGCGCGUGCUGGCCUUCACUUCGGUGGGCGACGGGCCGCUCUCAGACCCCAUCCAGGUGAAGACGCAGCAGGGAGUCCCGGGCCAACCAAUGAACCUUCGGGCUGAAGCCAGGUCGGAGACGAGCAUCGGGCUGACCUGGAGCCCCCCGCGGGUGGACAGCAUUAUCAAAUACGAGCUCCUCUUCAAGGAAGGCGACCGUGGUCACGAGGUGGCCCGCACGUUCGAUCCCACGACGGCUUUUGUGGUGGAGGAUCUGAAGCCAGACACUGAGUACGCCUUCCGCCUGGCGGCGCGCUCGCCGCAGGGCCUGGGCGCCUUCACUUCAGCCGUGCGACAGCGCACGCUGCAGUCCAAACCGUCCGCCCCCCCUCAAGACGUUAAAUGUGUCAGCAUGCGCUCCACCGCCAUUUUGGUAAGUUGGCGCCCGCCGCCGCCGGAGACGCACAACGGGGCCCUGGUGGGCUACAGCGUCCGCUAUCGACCGCUGGGCUCGGAGGACCCGGAACCCAAGGAGGUGAAAGGCAUCCCUCCAACCACCACCCAGAUCCUACUGGAGGCCUUGGAGAAGUGGACGGAGUACCGCAUCACCACCGUGGCGCACACAGAGGUGGGGCCGGGGCCCGAGAGCUCGCCCGUGGUCGUCCGCACCGAGGAAGACGUGCCCAGCGCGCCGCCGCGGAAGGUGGAGGCGGAGGCGCUCAACGCCACGGCCAUCCGCGUGCUGUGGCGCUCGCCCGCGCCCGGCCGGCAACAUGGCCAGAUCCGUGGUUACCAAGUCCACUACGUGCGCAUGGAUGGCGCCGAGGCCCGCGGGCCGCCCCGUAUCAAGGAUGUGAUGCUGGCUGACGCGCAGUGGGAGAUGGAUGACACGGCCGAAUAUGAAAUGGUCAUCACAGACCUGCUGCCCGAGACCUCCUAUUCCAUCACGGUAGCCGCCUACACCAUGAAAGGCGAUGGCGCUCGCAGCAAACCCAAGGUGGUCACCACGAAGGGAGCAGUGCUGGGCCGCCCCACGCUGUCGGUGCAGCAGACCCCCGAGGGCAGCCUGCUGGCCCGCUGGGAGCCCCCGGCCACCAGCGCCGACGACCCGGUGCUGGGCUACCGGCUGCAGUUCGGCCGCGAGGACUCUGCGCCCCUGGCCACGCUGGAGUUCCCGGCGUCGCAGGAUCACUACUCGGCGCCGGGCGCGCACAAAGGGGCCACCUACGUGUUCCGGCUGGCGGCGCGCGGCCGCGGCGGGCUGGGCGAGGAGGCGGCGGCGGCGCUGCACAUCCCCGAAGACGCGCCCCGCGGACACCCGCAGAUCCUGGAGGCGGCGGGCAACGCGUCGGCCGGCACUGUGCUCCUGCGCUGGCUGCCGCCCGUGCCCGCCGAGCGCAACGGGGCCAUUGUCAAGUACACCGUGGCCGUGCGGGAGGCGGGCGCCGCGGGCCCCGCACGAGAGACCGAGCUGCCCGUGGUGGCGGCGGCCACCGAGCCCGGGGCCGAGAUGGCGUUCACGCUGCGGGGCCUGCAGCCUGACACGGCGUACGAUCUGCAAGUGCGAGCCCACACGCGCCGGGGCCCCGGCCCCUACAGCCCCCCUGUGCGCUACCGCACCUUCCUGCGGGACCAAGUCUCACCCAAGAACUUUAAGGUCAAAAUGAUCAUGAAGACAUCGGUGCUGCUGAGCUGGGAGUUUCCCGACAAUUACAACUCCCCCACACCCUACAGGAUCCAGUACAAUGGGCUGACGUUGGACGUGGACGGUCGCACCACAAAGAAACUCAUCACGCACCUAAAGCCCCAAACCUUCUACAACUUCGUGCUGACCAACCGGGGCAGCAGCCUGGGUGGCCUGCAGCAGACGGUCACUGCCUGGACGGCCUUCAACCUGCUCAGCGGCAAGCCCAGCGUGGCCCCCAAGCCCGACCCCGAAGGCUACAUCACCGUACACCUGCCCGACGGCCAGAGCCCCGUGCCCGUCCAGAGCUACUUCAUCGUGAUGGUUCCGCUCCGCAAGUCUCGCGGCGGCCAGUUCCUGACCCCGCUGGGCAGCCCGGAGGACAUGGACCUGGAGGAGCUCCUGCAGGACCUGGCCCGGCUGCAGAGGCGCAGCCUGCGGCACUCGCGGCAGCUCGAGGCGCCCCGGCCCUACAUCGCCGCCCGCUUCUCGGCGCUGCCCGCCAGCUUCCGGCCCGGAGACCAGAAGCAGUACGGGGGCUUCGACAACCGGGGCCUGGAGCCGGGGCACCGCUACGUGCUCUUCGUGCUGGCCGUGCUGGCCAAGAGCGAGCCGACCUUUGCAGCCAGCCCCUUCUCAGACCCCUUCCAGCUAGAUAACCCGGACCCCCAGCCCAUCGUGGACGGCGAGGAGGGGCUCAUCUGGGUGAUCGGGCCCGUGCUGGCCGUGGUCUUCAUCAUUUGCAUCGUGAUCGCCAUCCUACUCUAUAAGAACAAACCCGACAGCAAGCGGAAGGACUCGGAGCCGCGCACGAAGUGCCUACUCAAUAAUGCCGACCUGGCGCCCCACCACCCCAAGGACCCCGUGGAGAUGAGGCGUAUCAACUUCCAGACCCCGGGCAUGCUCAGUCACCCGCCCAUCCCCAUCGCCGACAUGGCCGAGCACACGGAGCGGCUGAAGGCCAAUGACAGCCUCAAGCUGUCGCAGGAGUACGAGUCCAUUGACCCGGGCCAGCAGUUCACCUGGGAGCACUCGAACCUGGAGGUGAACAAACCCAAGAAUCGCUAUGCCAAUGUCAUCGCCUACGACCACUCCCGCGUCAUCCUGCAGCCCAUCGAAGGCAUCGUGGGCAGUGAUUACAUCAACGCCAACUACGUGGACGGCUACCGGCGGCAGAACGCCUACAUCGCCACGCAGGGGCCUCUGCCGGAGACCUUCGGCGACUUCUGGCGCAUGGUGUGGGAGCAGCGCUCGGCCACCAUCGUCAUGAUGACACGGCUGGAGGAGAAGUCGCGGAUCAAGUGUGACCAGUACUGGCCCAACCGCGGCACCGAGACCUACGGCUUCAUCCAGGUCACGCUGCUGGACACCAUCGAGCUGGCCACGUUCUGCGUGAGGACAUUCUCUCUGCACAAGAACGGCUCGAGUGAGAAGCGCGAGGUGCGCCAGUUCCAGUUCACGGCGUGGCCCGACCACGGCGUGCCCGAGUACCCCACGCCCUUCCUGGCCUUCCUGCGGCGUGUCAAAACCUGCAACCCGCCGGACGCCGGCCCGGUGGUGGUGCACUGCAGCGCCGGCGUGGGCCGCACCGGCUGCUUCAUCGUCAUCGACGCCAUGCUGGAGCGCAUCCGGCCCGAGAAGACGGUGGACGUGUACGGGCACGUGACGCUCAUGCGGGCGCAGCGCAACUACAUGGUGCAGACGGAGGACCAGUACAGCUUCAUCCACGAGGCGCUGCUCGAGGCCGUGGGCUGCGGCAGCACCGAGGUGCCCGCGCGGAGCCUCUACGCCUACAUCCAGAAGCUGGCACAGGUGGAGCCCGGCGAGCACGUCACGGGCAUGGAGCUCGAGUUCAAGCGCCUGGCCAGCUCCAAGGCCCACACGUCUCGCUUCAUCAGUGCCAACCUGCCUUGUAACAAGUUCAAGAACCGCCUGGUGAACAUCAUGCCGUAUGAGAGCACGCGGGUCUGCCUGCAGCCCAUCCGCGGCGUGGAGGGCUCCGACUACAUCAACGCCAGCUUCAUCGACGGCUACAGGCAGCAGAAGGCCUACAUGGCCACGCAAGGGCCGCUGGCCGAGACCACCGAGGACUUCUGGCGUAUGCUAUGGGAGAACAACUCGACCAUUGUGGUGAUGCUGAGCAAGCUACGGGAGAUGGGCCGGGAGAAGUGCCAUCAGUACUGGCCGGCUGAGCGCUCUGCCCGCUACCAGUACUUCGUGGUGGACCCCAUGGCCGAGUACAACAUGCCUCAGUACAUCCUGCGGGAGUUCAAGGUCACGGACGCCAGGGACGGCCAGUCGCGGACCGUACGGCAGUUCCAGUUCACCGACUGGCCUGAGCAGGGCGUGCCCAAGUCUGGCGAGGGCUUCAUCGACUUCAUCGGCCAAGUGCACAAGACCAAGGAGCAGUUCGGCCAGGAUGGACCCAUCUCGGUGCACUGCAGCGCUGGCGUGGGCAGGACGGGCGUGUUCAUCACCCUGAGCAUUGUGCUGGAGCGCAUGCGGUACGAGGGCGUGGUGGACAUCUUCCAGACGGUGAAGAUGCUGCGGACACAACGGCCCGCCAUGGUGCAAACCGAGGACGAGUACCAGUUCUGCUACCAGGCGGCGCUGGAGUACCUUGGCAGCUUCGACCACUAUGCAACCUAAGCCAUGGUCCCCGGCGCGACGUGACGCGUGUGCACCCGUGGGGCGAGCCACGCGCAGCAGGCCCACG